AUGUCUAUGAUGCCACCUACCGCACAAGUGUUCAGUAAUGUGCCUGAUGGUGCGGAGCAUAGGCAUCAGAUUAUUGAGCCACUGAUUACCGCUCUUAAUGGUACUGGAAUGGGCGGGGCUCGGUUUCCCGGAUUUAUCUUCAAGGACACGUCCGCGUUCGGCCAGAAUUGCGGGGAGAUAGGAUCAAUGGCUCCCCAUAUUUCAUGUCUUUCCGAACGAGUGGUUGACUCGGUCCAACAAACAUCGGUAGCCAGUUAUCUCGCUUACACCGACCUGCACGUUGAAGUUCAACCCCAGUCCGUACUGGACGCUUUCACGGAUCCGACUCCCGAUGCGGAACGCUCCUCCCAUAAUUUCUUUCUGAAUAUCAGUGAGAAGCGAACUCGCCAACGGGCCGAACGGGGGCUGGGGAGGCACGUUGCAUGCGCAACCGAGGCGUGCGCUCGUCAGCAUCGCAGCUUUUACUUUUCGAUCGCACUGUCUGGAUCGCACGCCCGACUUAUUCGCUGGGAUCGUGCUGGAGCGGUCGUCUCAGAAUCUAUCGACCUGCACAGCGACGCAGAACCCAUAUGCGAGUUCCUGUAG